GUUGACUUUUUCCAUGGCUUCAGCUUUUUGCAUGGGCAACGCGCUCUUGUUUUAUGAAGUCAACAGAUGAACAUGCAUCAUUCUAUUGCUCCACCUUCGGUUUUAUAACUUCAGUUAAGUUUCAUUAAAGGGUAUUCGGGAAAACCCUAUCUGACCAUUGCUAACACUGUAUACUACAUAUAUUCGCUCCGAGUAUUUUGAGGACGGAUUCCGGCACCUUUUUCUGUGGAAAAGCGGAACAAUUCUAAGUUGCAAUUCGUGCGGUUUGAUUCUUAAUUUCUGGAGUACGUGCGCUACAUUCGUACACUGGUUGGCUCUACCACGUUUUGACCAUCGCCGCGAUUGACUCUUGGAAGAGUGGAUGGUCAUCUUAUCAGUACUUUUGAAUAACUACCCUAUCUUGAGUUGUUAUCCAGAGGCUUCUGAUCUUCAGGCCAACGUCAGGGAACGUCUAGCAGCCAAAAUGAAGAGCAUCCAAACAGCUUUUGUGUGUACCCUUCUAAUUGCUAUGCUGUUCCUCUUCCUAUCCAUGAUGUACUUACCCUUAAACACAGGGAUUUUUUCUGGUGACAAAAGGAUGAGUGGGAGAGAUGCCAUCUACAUGUUGAUGCACGCCUCCGUUCUCAAAGACAAAAUCAACAAGAUGGAAGGAGUUCGGUCAAAUCUGGAGUCGCUUUUACUUCCCGAGGCGGAGCGAGAAAGGAACUUGAGCAACAAUGGAGAAACUGACAAGAUUCCCAGGACUAACAAGAACACUGUAAAGGAUAUUGGGAAUAUCUCAUUACCUCUUACUGGAAUAGAUAACAAAUCACAUGGUGUUAAAUUGAACCCAGACAACGGGAAAAACUCGGCACAAACCAGAAAAGAUAACAAAUCACCACCAGUUAAUUUGAGCCUCGACCCCUCAAAGAAUAUCAUUAAGGAUGGAGGAAAUCUUUCAAGUCUCCCCGUCAAAAUUGAAGACACUUGCAAAGAGAAGACGAACAUUCUUCUCUUGAAGACCCACAAGACUGGAGGCUCCACUCUACAGAAUGUUCUGUAUCGCUUCGGAGACAUUCGAGAUUUGACCUUUGCCCUUCCGUUGACCGAUGUCUACAUGGGGAGUCCAGUGAAAUUCAAGCCUUCGUUUGCGAUUCGGUCACCGACAGGCCAGUACAACAUUCUAGCGAAUCAUGCACGUUUCCAUAACGAAAACAUGAGGAAAAUAAUGGCCCCAGGCGCCAAGUUCAUUACAAUCCUCCGCUACCCACCAAAGCAAUUUGAAAGUACCUACAGCUUCUUCAAAAUGGAACGUCGGAUGAAGUGCCCCCUAGAAAUUUUCGCAGCUUCUCCGAAGAGCUUCUACAAUUAUGACAAGGAGAGAAACCCUCGUCAUAGCAGCCUCAACCCGAUGCUGUAUGAUCUUGGAUUGGACAUUCAAGCCAUGAAUGACCCUGUGAAGGUUCAGAACUGGAUCUCUUACAUCGAUGAUGCGUUUGACUUGGUCCUGAUCGUUGAGUAUCUUAAGGAGUCCCUGAUACUACUUAAAGAGAUGAUGUGCUGGUAUUUCGAUGACAUCACCUACUUUACUAGCAACGCUCGCAGCAGUAUGCUCAUUGGGCAGCUUUCAAAUGCAACAACCAACAAUCUUCUGAACUGGCUGGACGGGGACGUCCGUCUCUACCGCCAUUUCAACACCACGCUCUGGAACAAGAUCCGACAGUAUGGGGUGGAUCGCAUGGCUGCCGAUGUCGCUGAGCUUGAUCGUCGGAAUGAGAAGCUCAGUCAACGUUGCGUCAAGGGAAAAGUAUCUGAAAUGGGAAGAAAUACAAUUAUUGAGAGAUAUAUCCUGAGACCGGAAGCUGCUCAAGAUAUAACUUGAAUAUGUUAAGCUUCAAUAGUCGUCAACAACCAGCUCCUGGGGUGGAUAAUCAAUGUCAUGUGGAUUACUCCUAGAACUGAACGAGUCUCUCACUAUAAUCCAUAGACCAACACUAGCUACUUUUGUGUGGACAACCAAGUCUUUUUGGAGUUAAACAUGAACAUUACAAACUUUCAACCCAACACUGAACUGCUAGCAACCAAUAGCUCCCAGAGUACACACCUGUAUUUUUGUAUGUGUGUACAUGUAUGUAUGUGUGUAUAAACUACAGAUGGAACAUUGCAUAGUCAUGAAGCAUUAGUUUGUGCAGUUUAAAGGGUGUGUACAACAUUGUUAUGAAUGAACAUAUAAAUGCUCACAGAUUUGCACAUAACUUAUGGUAUCAAGAUGGUCAUGGCAGAAAACUUCCCUUGAAAUAGUUUUGCUUGAUAUGCCAUAGUUUUUUUGGAAAUGAAUAAAAUACGAGCCUUUAUCCUGCAGGAUAAAUUCCGAUGUUUGAAAAUAGGUUAAAACACAUAAGGGUUUUUCCCCACUGUUUUCUCAUGACUUCGAAGAAGAAAAAUGUGAAUAAUUGUUUAUGUACAUUUAACAUGAACACCAAACACUUCAUGCAUACUAUUCUUUGUUUUGAAUUCUAACAUCAACAUUUAGAACUACUUUACGUAUGUGCUUUUCUUUCUAUAACAGUGGGAAUUCUGAUUUGUUUGUCCUCGUAAAAUCAGCAAAACUCAUUAACAGUCUGUUAAAUAGUAUGAAAUGUCCUUGAAACCUGAUAUGAAUUUACAUGUACAAAGGUCAGACCUUGUACUUAAUAACAUUCCCUCUUAUGUUGAUGGGCUUAAUAUCACGCCUGAAUCUUGUUACCAAUAAUUGGACUGCAUAGCAUAUAGUGUACCUGUACAUCGCGCUAUAUGAUGUCUUUUGACAUGCUAGUUAUCCAGUUAUGAAUAUAUAUCUAUGCUAUAUUACUACAUAACAGACUUAAAGUUUUUGUAUAGAUAAACCAACCAUUUUCAGUGCUAGAAUUAUGCUAUAAUUAUAUAAAUGUUAACUGUUUAUACAUGUAACUUUAUAAGUGUAGAUAUAUAGGCUGACUACUUUAAAAAAUAAUAUGUAUGGGUCAUUUUAUUAAUGGUUUCUGAUCUGAUAAGUAACUGAAUUCUUUCACACGGAAUACCUGUAGGUCUAUGAUGACAAAUGUUUCUUGACUUUACUGGACCAUGAGGAUUUUAUAAUAAGUAUUGGAUGUACCUGAACAAUGGAUGAAAGUGUUACUUGUCUUUAAUAGAAAAAUCGUGUGUCAAAGCACAGUCAUAUUGCUUUCAGUUUAAACUGAACAUUAUGAGUAAACUUUCUUGAAUGCAUAAUUUGUGGUGUUCAAAGUAUUAAAAAACACAAUGUUAACAUUUCAUACAAUUAACACUUGAAUGUUUAUUUCCCUAGCAUUGCUACAGAAAAGUAGCCAAGUAUUGGUUAACAAAUUUGCAAGUACAAAAAAAGGUUAAAGCCACUGGACACUAUUGGUAAUUGUCAAAGACCAGUCUUCUCACUUUGUGUAUCUCAA